GACGGGGUUGUGGGGGAGGGAGGCGGGUAGUGGGCUUUAGCGCCUUUUCUAGCGGCGGUAGAUUUGAAGCGCUUUAAAGGACCCGGGGAAGAGAAGACUGUACUGGUGCAGGUGGUUUAUCCUCAAGUAUGUUCCAUGUGCAUUUGAAAUAAUGUAUAUUCUGCUGAUUUGAGAGAGAAUGGAAGAGAGAAAGAAAGAGAGGUAGAGAAACAUCAGUGUAUGAGAGAAACAUCAGUGGGUUACCUCUCGGCCCCCAAUUUAGAACAAAAAGGUUUGGAUCACUUUGUCUUUGGAUUUUCUCUGUUUAAAGGUUGAAGUAUUAGAGCCAUGGGAAUAAAAGUUCAGCGUCCACGAUGUUUUUUUGACAUCGCCAUUAAUAAUCAACCAGCUGGAAGAGUUGUCUUUGAAUUGUUUUCUGAUGUGUGCCCCAAAACAUGCGAGAACUUUCGUUGUCUUUGUACAGGUGAAAAGGGGACAGGCAAAUCAACUCAGAAGCCAUUACACUAUAAGAGUUGUCUCUUUCACAGAGUUGUUAAAGAUUUUAUGGUUCAGGGUGGUGACUUCAGUGAAGGAAAUGGACGAGGAGGAGAAUCUAUUUAUGGUGGAUUUUUUGAAGAUGAGAGUUUUGCUGUCAAACACAACAAGGAAUUUCUCUUGUCAAUGGCCAACAGAGGAAAGGAUACAAAUGGUUCACAGUUUUUCAUAACAACGAAACCAACUCCUCAUUUAGAUGGGCAUCAUGUUGUUUUUGGGCAAGUGAUUUCUGGUCAAGAGGUUGUGAGGGAGAUAGAAAACCAGAAAACAGAUGCAGCUAGCAAACCAUUUGCUGAGGUGCGGAUACUCAGUUGUGGAGAGCUAAUCCCCAAGUCGAAAGCUAAGAAAGAAGAAAAAAAAAGGCAUAAAUCAUCCUCCUCCUCAUCAUCAUCCAGUGACUCAGAUAGCUCAAGUGAUUCUCAGUCCUCUUCUGAUUCUUCUGAUUCUGAAAGUGCUUCUGAAGAGAAAUCAAAAAAAAGAAAAAAGAAACACAGGAAAAAUUCCCGAAAACACAAGAAAGAAAAGAAGAAGCGCAAGAAAAGCAAGAAAAGCGCAUCUAGUGAAAGUGAGGCUGAAAAUCUUGACACACAACCCCAGUCUACUGUCCGUCCAGAAGAGAUCCCUCCUAUACCUGAAAAUAGAUUUUUAAUGAGAAAAAGUCCUCCUAAAGCUGAUGAAAAAGAAAGGAAAAACAGAGAAAGAGACAGAGAGAGAGAGUGUAAUCCGCCUAACCCCCAACCUGCUUCAUACCAGAGGCGACUUCUGGUUACUAGGUCUGGCAGGAAAAUUAAAGGAAGAGGACCAAGGCGUUAUCGAACUCCAUCUAGAUCCAGAUCAAGGGAUCGUUUCAGACGUAGUGAGACUCCUCCACAUUGGAGGCAAGAGAUGCAAAGAGCUCAAAGAAUGAGAGUAUCAAGUGGUGAAAGAUGGAUCAAAGGGGAUAAGAGUGAGUUAAAUGAAAUAAAAGAAAAUCAGAGAAGCCCAGUUAGAGUAAAAGAGAAGAAAGUAACUGAUCACAGGCAUGUGUCUGAGAGUCCAAAUAGAAAAAGUGAAAAGGAAAAGAAAGUUAAAGACCAUAAAUCUAACAGCAAAGAGAGAGAUGUCAGAAGAAAUUCAGAAAAAGAUGAUAAGUAUAAUAAAAACAAGGUGAAGAAAAGAGCCAAAUCUAAAAGUAGGAGUAAAAGCAAAGAGAAAUCAAAGAGCAAGGAAAGAGAUACAAAGCAUAGUAGACAUGAAGAAAAGAAGAUGAGGUCAAGGAGUAAAGAGAAGGAUCAUGAGAAUGCUAAAGAAAAAGAAAAAUCUGAUUCUAAAGGAAAAGAUCAGGAAAGGAGUAGAAGUAAAGAGAAGUCUAAACAGUUAGAAUCAAAAAGUAAUGAGCAUGAUCAUAAUAAAAGUAAGGAAAAGGAAAGACAUGCACAGUCUAGGAGUAGAGAACGUGAUGCAACUAAAGGCAAACACAGUUACAAUAGUAGAACAAGGGAACGAAGCAGAAGUAGGGACAGGAGCAGGAGAGUGCGAUCCAGAAGCCAUGACCGUGAUCGUAGCAGGAGCAAGGAGUACCAUAGGUACAGAGAACAGGAGUACAGGAGAAGAGGAAGGUCACGAAGCCGAGAGAGAAGAGCAACACCAGGAAGAUCAAGAAGUAAAGAUAGAAAGAGAAGGAGGAGAGAUUCACGGAGCUCAGAGAGAGAAGAAAGUCAAAGCAGAAACAAAGAAAAAUACAGAAACCAAGAAAGUAAGAGUUCACACAGAAAAGAAAAUUCUGAGGGUGAAAAGAGAAUGUACUCUAAAAAUCGUGAUUAUAGUAGUUCAAAUAAUAACAGGGAUAAAAAGGCUGAUAGAGAUCAAAGUCCAUUCUCAAAAAUAAAACAAAGUAGUCAGGACAAUGAAUUAAAGUUUUCCACAUUGAAAAAUAAGGAGGAUGGGAAGACCAGAUCCUCAGUGGAAAAAGAAAACCAAAAAUCAAAGGGUCAAGAAAAUGACCAUGUACAUGAUAAAAAUAAAAAAUUUGAUCAUGAAUCAAGCCCUGGAACAGAUGAAGACAAAAGUGGAUGAGUGAGUUGUAUAAACUUCUUAUUUCCAUUCUGUCUUGAAUUUUAAGUUUUAGAGACUUUUGCUGAUGGAUCUUUAUGUUGUUUUCCCUUUUUCGUUGUUUUUGGUUUAUGUUUGUCCUUUUUUUUAAAUGUGGACUUCCUUGAGUUGAUCUUUUGAUAAUCUGCAACCUGGAUAAUUUGUACUGCUAAAGUUUUAAUAAACUUGAAAUGAGAAAAACUUUGGUGUAA